ACUAAAAUCUGUAUGGUUGCACCUGAUUAUUCCCACACCUCAUCCGGUCAUCUAUUCUUCAACGAAGUGAAAUGCUUCAAGCAGAUCUCAUGCUUCUUUAAUAAAUUGAAAGAGAGAGUUAGAGGAUAAGAAAUGAUGAUGAUGAUGAUUGACACUGCCACAGCAGUUCGAUUUCCCGGCGCAAAUUUUUGCUCCUCCACUUGGAUACCUUAUUACCGUCGUACGUGGAACUUGGAGGAAGUUAACGGCAUCCACGUCAACUCUCGACCGCUUAUACAUUCUAAAAGCUUCGCUAUACCUUGGAGCAAGUCACGAAGAUUAAAGGGUGUUUCUUUCUUAAGGAGCAGAGUCUUAAAGAAUAGGAUUCGAGCAUCUUCAAAGCAUUUAGGUUCAGGUGUAGAUCCAUCUAAUCAGAAAGGCAGCAGACAACAAUAUCAUCCCUUUGAGGAUAUUGCGGAGGCCACAUCAGAAAAUAGUGGAGAUGCGAGUCUUACAGCUCAAGAAACUGCUAGGACCAUCGUUGAGGUCAACAGCAAAGCAACCCUAAUGUUGACUGGUUGGAUCAAUGGGGACACUCAUGAAAAUAUUAUUUGGCCAGACUUGCCUUACGUCACUGAUGAACAUGGAAACUUAUACUUUCAAGUGAAGAAUGAUGAAGACAUUUUGCAAACCAUUACGUCAGAAAAUAAUUUUGUGCAAGCUAUUAUAGGCUUUGAUGCUGCUAUGGAAAUGCUCAGUGAGAUGGAGUUACUAGGUUCAUCAGAACUUGAUUUUGGAAUAAAGGAAAUUGAAGAUGAUGAUAGUGAUGUUGAAGAUGAUUAUGAAGAAGAUGAGGGUGAGGAUGAGGACGAGGACGAGGACGAGGCUGAUGAAGAUGAAGAUUAUGAUGAGGACUUUGUAAUUAUUGAAGAUGAAGAUGAGGAAGAUGAUUCUGAUGAGGCACUUGGUGACUGGGCAAAAUUGGAUACCAUGCGUUCUUCUCAUCCAAUGUAUUUUGCCAAAAAGAUAGCUCAGGUUACUUCAGAUGCUCCUAUAGAUUGGAUGGAGCAGCCUCCAGCUGGUUUAGCUAUCCAGGGCCUCAUAAGACCUGCCUUCAUCGAAGAACACUCUGACAUCCAGAAGCAUAUGUCUGGCAACCAGUCACAUCAGCCUGACAUAAAUGAGGUUGGGAAAAAGGUAGAAGGACAAGUGGAAGAUGUUGGUGGGAUCAAUGGUCAAAAACACGUGUCAGGAUCAUCUGAAGAUAUUUCAACUUGGGCAGAGGAUUCUGAGAAAAAUCAGGUUCCAAGAAAUGGGACUUCAUUUUACAAGAUAGAAAUGAUUAAAAUUCGGUUGAUUUCAGCUCAUGGACAUCAAACAAUGGUCGAAGUAGAAGACUUUAGGAAGGCUCAACCCGAUGCUAUUGCACAUUCAGCAGGCAAAAUUUUAUCUCGGCUGAAAGCUGGUGGAGAAAAAAUCUCACAAGCUUUGAAAUCGUUGUGUUGGAGAUGCAAGGGUAUACAAGUGGAGGAGGCAGCACUAAUUGGUGUAGAUUCCCUUGGUUUUGAUUUGAGGGUUUGCUCGGGAACACAGAUCCAAACAUUGCGAUUUGCAUUUAAUUCACGGGCCUCUUCGGAAUAUAGUGCUGAAAGACAACUUAAUGAUUUACUGUUCCCAAGGAUCCCCCACAGGGCGCCCAAAAAGAAACAGACUCAUCAAAAUGAACUAUAAUAUUGUUAAAUAUUAUAAUCCUGUUCAAAUUCUGGCUGUUUCGUCCUACCCUUUCAGGCUAAGAACUGAACGCGGCAAGUGUAUAAGUGGCCUUGCAGCUUUUCCUCCCAUUUAUUUAUUAAUGAUAAUUGAAAUCCAUUUUUCUGCUUGUCUCCAA